AUGCCUCUAAACUUUCAACAAUCUCCGCCUCCAUAUUUUGAUUAUCUUUCAAACUCACCGCCUCCAUCGCCGCCGCUGCAACCUCCGUGGUAUGACGGCGCUUAUUUAUUUGAGAACCAGAUGAUUGCAUCCUUUUCAACGAUAGCAAUUCUUUUGCUAUUGAUGGCACUUUGCAUAUUAUGUAAUUGUCGAAGUCAAAACCAUAUCUCAAUUGUUAUAGAACAAGGGCAGCCACGAAACCGAAACCGACAACGGCUGCCGGUGUUGCGACCGGAGAGGAGAGUUAAUCAGCCUCGGCCACUGCGAACUAUAGCCGCGGCGGCGCGAGUUUUUCAGUACAAGAUUGGAGAAAAAAUAGCAUUGGAAGAUGAAUGUGUUAUUUGCUUAGAAGAUUUUAAGGAGGGUGAUAAAUGUAAAAUUUUGACUAGAUGUAAUCAUAUUUAUCAUAAAGCUUGCGUUGAUCGGUGGAUAGUGAACGAUGCACAUUGUCCGAUUUGUCGGGAAUGUGUUCAGCUUCGGACGACGAAUCGGAUUCCCGUAUAA